AUGAUUAAAAUUUUAAAAUUUAAAAAUAGUUUAAAUAUAAAUAAAUUUUAUAGAUUUUAUAGUAGUGGUGGUACAGCACAAUCAACACAAUCAUUUUUAUUAAAUAAACAACAAAAUGUAAAUAGUAAACUCUCAUUUAAAACUUUAGAAAAUAAUGGUAUAUUGCCAUUAUCACUAAGCACUAUUGCAAUCGAUAGUGAUAAUUAUUCAUUAUAUGAUAAUGAACACAAGGCUAUUUUAAUUAAAUCAAUUAAAAAUGGAUGUAAUGUUAUAAAAUCAACAAACGAAUCAAAACUACUACAAAAUGUUUUAUCAGAUUUAUUAGAUAAUAAUGAAAUUAAAAGAUCAGAAUUAGUGUAUAUAAAAAAAUCAAAACCAUUAAAAACAUCAUUACCACCAAACUUUACAGAUAGCUCAGUUUUAUUAGAACCUUUGUCAGUCAGUUCAAUCGACUUACAAAUAAAAAAAGCUUUUCAAGAUAUAUCUUUGGAAACAAUCGAUAUUUUUAUAUUGGACCUAAACAACAUUAUGAAAAUCGUUAAGCAACAAGAAGGCAAUGUCAACAUUUAUAAAAUAUUACAAGAUGAAAUUUUCCCACAUUUGCAAAGUUUAGUAUCAAAAGGUAAAAUUCAAUCAUAUGGUAUCUCAUCAAAUGAUUUUAGCGAUAGUGAUGGUACAGGAUUAUCAGCCGAAAAACUAGUUGAAAUUAAAAAUAAUAAUAAUCUCAGCCACUUUUUGUUUAUUGAAUAUCCAUUUAAUCUUUAUCAAAACCAAGCAAUUGUAAAUAAAAUAUAUAAAAGCAAAACUACCUCAGAACCUUUAAACCUGUACGAAUAUUUAAAAGAGAAUCAAAUCUCAACCAUCAAUAACUCACCAAACUCAUUCAUAGAAUCCAUCAACAACAGUAUUUGCAGAUUCGAAAUGGUACCAAAUCACAGCGACCAAGAUAUUCAAACCCAAUUAAAAGAGGCAUUCAAUAUAGCAAUUCAUUUAGAAAGCAACAACCCAAUUUUUAAAGAUUCAGUAUUACAACAAACAUUAUUGCAAGAUAAAAGCUUAAUUGGUUCAUUACAAUGGGCACAUAAUUUAGUUUAUGAAAGUGGCAGAAACAAAGUUUUAUCUAAUCUAUGGUUGUGGAAACCAAUAUUAUCGACCAAAAUUCACCCAACUGUUACUGAAGCUAUAUUAUCAGUGUUUGGUAACCACGUUGUAAAUACAUGGGGUGGCAACUACCGUAAAGCUAUAGAGCAAUUAUUUUCAAUUUACACCAAAUCUUUAGAAUUACAAACUUACCAGCAACAAUCAGAUAUGAAUAUGUUAUUCAACUCUUUAUUAAAUAACAACGAAUUUAAACAAUUUUCAAACGACCCAAAUCACCAAAAAUUAUCAAUGUUACAAAAAAGCACUUUACUCAGUUCUAUUGGAUCCGAUAUUUUAUUGGAAUCACCAACUUCAACCAACAAUUUAAAAUCGAUCCAAUCCGAUAUUCAAAUUAAUAAUAACCCAAAUGACAAAAAUUCAAUUUUACCAAUUUUUAUAAAUUUAUCAAAACACUUAAUUAAAUUAAUCAAUGAAAAAAAUACCAAUAUUAAUUUAAAUGAAAAUAAAAUAAUUGAAAAUUAA